UUUAUCGUUCUAUAAAUUUUUUUUUUCCUUUUUUUUUUUCUGAACUUUUGUUAUGAAUUCCAAAGCGGGUUCAACAUUCGGAAGCGAUGGAGCCACAGAUUCUUCCGCCGCAAGGAGGAAUUCCAAAAAACCCAAAUAUUCCAAGUUCACACAGCAAGAGUUGCCAGCUUGUAAACCAUUGCUAACUCCAGGAAUUGUUAUUUCUACCUUUGCUUUAAUUGGUAUUAUCUUCAUUCCUAUUGGAUUGGCCUCCUUGUCGGCAUCAGAACAUGUUGUGGAACUUGUAGACCGAUAUGAUGCGGAUUGCGUGCCGCAGCAUUUGCGUGAUGAUAAACUGGCUUUCAUUCAAAACAGUCAAACUAACAAAACUUGUACUCGAAGAUUAAUUGUGCCGAAGCAGAUGUCGAGUCCCAUCCAAGUUUAUUAUCAGCUCGAUAACUUUUACCAGAAUCAUCGCCGAUAUGUGAAAAGCCGCAGCGAUAAGCAACUGAAGAGUAAAUCGAGCGAACGCGAAACGAAAACUUGCGAACCAGAAGGCACCACCGGGGAUGGGUUAGCAAUUGUUCCCUGUGGUCUCAUUGCUUGGAGCUUGUUCAAUGAUACAUACAGUUUCUCGGCAAAUAGUAAGUCUCUGCAGGUUAAUAAGAAGGAUAUAGCUUGGCAGAGCGAUAAGAAGCACAAAUUCGGGAGCGAUGUUUACCCCAAGAAUUUCCAGAGUGGGGGUCUGAUUGGCGGUGCCAGCCUUAAUGCCAGCAUACCUUUAAGUGAGCAGGAGGAUCUCAUUGUGUGGAUGCGAACAGCUGCACUUCCAACUUUCAGGAAACUCUACGGAAGAAUUGAGGUGGAUCUCGAAGCGAAUGAGGAAAUUACUGUAGUUAUACAGAACAACUACAACACGUAUAGUUUUGGUGGAAAGAAGAAACUUGUUCUUUCCACGACAUCUUGGAUAGGCGGAAAGAACAAUUUCCUCGGCGUAGCAUAUCUUACAGUCGGUGGCCUGUGCUUAUUUCUUGCAAUGGGCUUCAUACUUUUGUAUGUCUUUAAGCCUAGGACCCUCGGCGAUCCAUCAUACUUAUCAUGGAACAGAAAUGCCGCAGGUUAUUCAAAUUAGAAUCGUCAGGCCAUUCAAUUUGCGGUGCUUUACUGUCAGCUAAGACUAUAUCCUUUUCUUUUUCGAUAGUCAAGAAGUAGAAGUAUUCUAUUUAUUAAUUCUGCUUGUACCGAAUAUUUUGGUCCUAUAUAUA